AUGGAAGAAGUAAACUAUCAACGUUUGGUAGAGUAUCUUACUAUACGAGAAGGUAUAUUAUAUAGAAAAAAUAAAAAAGAGCCAGAAAACCCUUUGAGGGAAGUACAAGAAAAGGAGGUUGAAAUUAUUUUAGAAGCAACACAUAGAAACGCUAUUGGAGAACAUUUAGGAGAAAAAACAAUGAUACAAAAGAUCUCUAAAAGUUAUUUGAUCAAGUUGGAAUUGACUUCGUCGGUCCAUUACCAAAGACCAAGAAGGGCCGAAUCUGUGGCUUCUUUUAUAGUAGAUGACAUUAUUGGGAAACAUGGGUGCCCAAGGAAGUGA